AUGCUUGGUGAAGAUCGUAGUUCUUUUGCUUCACGCAUUGUUUUAAUCGAAGAUAGCUUAGAGGAUGAGAAGGAAGAGGAAUCAGAGGCUGAGCUUGAUAGUACGAAGAAAGAAAAGGGCGAGAGCUCGGUUCCUGCAAUUGAGGUUAGUGAUAGUGAGGACAGCACAAAGAGUUCUAAUUUAGAUUGGAAAGGAAAGGCAAAAGCAGUAUAG